CUAUCUUUUCUUCCCCACCUUCUCUCUUCUCUCUCUCUCUCUCUCUCUUUGCUUAUCGCCAUAUCGCCCUUAAUUAUCCAUCCUCUACCAAUCAUAGCAAUUUGCUUUUUCAUUUUUAAUGCAAAAUUCCAUUACCCUGCCAGUAUAAUAAACGAAGCAACAGAAUGCGACUGCAUCAGACGAAAGAUGGAUCUCGUUGCGAAAGCUUCGUUGUACGAAGUAAAGUUGCAAGCCUUCAGGUGUCUGGAAAGAAUCUGACUUUGAUUAUUCCGCACUCAUCAAGGCCCUCUUCCAAAACGUCAAAGUUAAUACAACCAGUUAGAUAAAAGCGACGAGUAGCGGUUAACGAAAUAGAAGGGUUAAAUCGAGGAGCGUUGCUGCAAAACUGUCCAAAGCAAUCAACUUCUUGAACGAGAGCUGUUUUAUUCCUAUUAUUAUUACGUGAUACUACUUGUCGCAAAUUCUGUGAGCACUUUGGUACGAUCAUCGAUCGAUUUCAACAGCGACAGGGUGACAUCGCGAAUUCUGGGUUCGAGUCCGUAAAGCGUCUACACACAACUGAGCCAACGGAGAAAACAAAAAUUAAUCAGAAUUGUGGGAUAAAGAGGAAUUGCUACUAAAAUCUUUCUAUCCGGGAUUAAGACAAGAAUUUCUACACUUGCGAAGCUCAACAUCCAAAAGAAUAUAAAAAGCCUAACCAUAGAGCCUAACUAACCGGAAAUGACAACGCAACAUACUGUCACUUCUAUAGGGGAGCAAGAUCUGAUCAGCGUAGAGGUACCAAACUCUACGUCGAUUAUGGCCGUCGAUAUUCGACCUGCGGCUGCGACAUUUCUUUCCUUCAUUUUAAAUUUUCCUGGCAAUUUCUCACCCUACAGUACAAUAGAGGCAACUACUUUUGUGACUGCGGGCCUUCUCUUCAUCACCCUCCUGACAAUAGCAGGUAAUGCUACCAUCUGUUUCAUCACCAUAUAUUUUAAAAGAUUUCGACGAUCCAACUACCUACUGAUCAGCUUGGCAGUGAGCGAUUUGUUGGUCGGCAUAUUAGUAAUGCCACUAGCUGUAAUCUAUCAAGUAUCAAGCGAUUGGUACUUUGGCCCCAUCUCAUGCAACAUUUGGCUCAGUGCCGACGUACUCAACUGUACUGCCAGCAUCUUCAAUCUCUGCAUGGUUUCCGUAGACCGAUACUGGCUGAUCACAAAACCAUUGAAAUAUGAAAGGAAGAGGACAAAACUACGGAUGUUCUUAUACAUCAGCACUAUUUGGUUUCUUGCCAUGUGUGUUAGCCUGCCACCUCUUAUAGUAUUGGGAAACGAGUAUGAGGAAGUGCAAAAUGGACCCACAAUUUGUCAGUUAUGUCAGCAUUUUAUAUACCAAAUCUACGCGGUUGUAAUCUGCUUCUACAUUCCAGUGCUCGUCAUAAUUAUAUUAAACUACAAACUAUAUACUGCCGCGCGCAAUAAAUCUACCAUGAAUUAUUAUGAGAGUCGAUUUGACAUGGAACUGGAAUCUGAUUUUGAAAUGGGUGUGUCUCUUGAUCGUCGGACACAUAUGCGCACAACAAUUUGUCCACGACAUUCCCAUAAUGAACAUAUAAGGCCGAUCAGUCUGCCGGAGAUAAGAAUAGUCACCGCAUCUACAAGCAACAAUAGUCCAAGACGCCAUCUUACCGAUGAGCACCAAAAAAUUCCGGCGUGGAACAUAUUACAAAAAUCAAUAAGGAUGUUGAGGAUGCGUAAUAGUCAAGUUUGCACUUGUAAUAAACGUCAACAGAAGAGGAGAAAAAGUGAAGGAAAAGCCAGCACCACUUUGGGCAUCAUUGUCGGUGUUUUUGUCUUCUGCUGGCUGCCUUUCUUUCUGCUGGCAUUAAUGAAACCGUUCUUUAAUCCUGAUGCUAUUCCACAUUUAAUAACGUCCCUGUUCCUCUGGCUAGGUUAUUGCAAUAGUGCAUUAAACCCGAUCAUUUAUGCGGUUUUUAAUAAAGAUUUUCGUAAACCAUUUAUUUUAAUAAUGUGCUUACGAUGGCGUAAUCUUAAUGAAAUGAUGCGCGAGGAAUACUAUCACCGACAGUUUGGUGGUCGAAGAACAAGGAGUGGCAUAAACGAUGGGAACAAUGGUACGGAGAAUACUGACCGUGCCGAUCUCAUCGAUGAUAAUAACCAUAACGUCGGCUAUAAUAAUCAUAAUGUUGACAAUAAUAACCAAAAUGUCGACAAUAAUAAUCGGAACGUCGAUAAUCAGGGUGUCGGCCGUAACAAUAAGGACAUCGAUGAUAAUAAUCGAAAUAUCGAGGAUAACAAUCAAGAUAUCAGCGAGAAGAAUCAAAAUGUCGAUGAUAAUAAUCAGGUCGUCAUUGAUAGUAAUCAAAUUAUCAUCAAAAUUGCCGAGAAAUCCAAUAAAAUGCCACCCUUUUGUCCGGACGAGUAUUCCUCGAAUGAUAUCCGACGACAAUCUUCUAUAUAUUGCAUGGAUACUUUUUUAGCUAUUGCUGAAGUUCACGCAUCUUCUGUAGCAGAAACACUUGUUUAAUCGAUCACAAUCGCGAAAAGGAUACUGAAUAUUCUAGGACAACGAAUGAACAAUGCUUCCUUGGCUUCGAUAAUUCUUUUUACAUGUAAUAUCUUUUACAGCAUGGCUCACUU